GCUGCUGCUGCUGCUGACAUCAAUGUGUCCGUGUGAAUGUGCACGCUGAGCAAAGUGCAAGGUCCCCUCCGAGUCAGAGUCCGAGUCCAGCUAGAUAUGAGCCGCGCCGAGCUCUGAGUCUGACCAGCCGCUGCCCGUCGAGCUCGCUGCCCGUCGAGCUCGCUUUUCAUGUGCCUUUUUUGACGCUAACUUACGAAGUUGAACCUUUUUUUCUGCACCGAAGAUGUCUUGCCUAUUCCUGGGAGUUAUACGAAGAAAAGGGGCUGCUGUCGGUGGCAGUCUGGGACUUCGCUCCCUGGCCUCCAUCCCUUCGCUGCCUCCUGAGGUGGCGGAGUUUGUGAAGAGCGCGGCGGACGAGUGCAAGCCCAGCGGGGUGCAUGUGGUGACGGGCACGCCGGAGGAGACGGCUCACAUCCUGGCAGGCCUGGAAAAAGAAGGCAUGGUCAAGAGACUCCCCAAAUAUGACAACUGCUGGCUGGCACGCACGGACCCAAAAGACGUGGCUCGGGUGGAGAGCAAGACGGUGAUUGUGACCAAGAGCCAAAGAGACACCAUCCCCAUCCCUGCUGGAGGAGCCAAGAGCCAACUGGGCAGCUGGAUGAGCCGAUCGGACUGGCAGAGAGCGAGACAGGAGCGUUUCCCAGGAUGCAUGGCAGGUCGCACCAUGUAUGUUAUUCCUUUCAGUAUGGGUCCAGUGGGUUCCAGUCUUGCAAAAUAUGGUGUCCAGGUGACAGACUCGCCGUACGUGGUGGCCAGUAUGGGCAUCAUGACCCGCAUGGGCACGCCUGUUCUGAAUAAGCUGGCCGAGGGAGUGGACUUUGUCCGUUGUCAGCACUCUUUAGGGCGGCCUCUUCCGCUAACAGCUCCACUGGUCAACGCGUGGCCCUGCAACCCGGACAAGGUGCUGAUCUCUCAUCUGCCAGACAGCAGACAGAUUUUGUCUUAUGGCAGCGGCUACGGAGGAAACUCCCUCCUGGGGAAGAAGUGCUUUGCCCUCCGUAUCGCCUCACGAAUCGCCAAGGAUGAAGGAUGGUUGGCAGAGCACAUGCUGAUCCUGGGCAUCACCAAUCCUCAAGGAGUGAAGCGUUAUGUGGCAGCGGCGUUCCCAAGCGCCUGCGGUAAAACCAACUUGGCCAUGAUGAAACCGUCAUUGGCAGGCUGGAAGGUGGAAUGCGUGGGCGACGACAUCGCCUGGAUGAAGUUCGAUGCCCGAGGAAAGCUGAGAGCCAUCAACCCCGAGAACGGCUUUUUCGGCGUGGCUCCGGGAACCUCCGAUAAGACCAACCCUUACGCAAUGAGCACCGUCGCCAAAAACACCAUGUUUACCAACGUGGGCGAGACCAGCGACGGAGGCGUAUGGUGGGAAGGUCUGGACCCCCCCGCGGCUGGUGUCGCGCUGACCGAUUGGCACGGGAAAACCUGGAAGCAAGGAAGUGGCACACCUUGCGCCCAUCCCAACUCCCGCUUCUGUGCGCCGGCAGCUCAGUGCCCCAUCAUUGACCCUCAAUGGGAGAGCGAAGAGGGCGUUCCUAUCGAUGCCAUCAUCUUCGGCGGUCGGAGGCCGCAAGGAGUUCCUCUGGUUUAUGAGACUUUCAACUGGCAACACGGCGUGUUUGUUGGGGCUGCAAUGAGGUCUGAGGCCACAGCAGCUGCUGAGCAUCAAGGAAAGGUGAUCAUGCACGACCCCUUUGCCAUGCGGCCAUUCUUCGGCUACAACUUCGGGGACUACCUGGCUCACUGGCUGAGCAUGGAGACACGAAAGGCCCCGACUCACCUGCCCAAGAUCUUCCACGUCAACUGGUUCCGCAAGGACCCCGCCAGCGGCGCGUUCCUCUGGCCGGGCUUCGGUGAAAAUUCCCGCGUGCUGGAGUGGAUCUUCAAGCGCUGCGGUCGCGAGCGCCACGACGAGGGCGCCAAGAAGAGCGCCAUAGGUUGGUUGCCGGAGGACGGCGCCGUCGACACCGAGGGCUUGGGCGCCGACGUCGAUAUGGGAGCCCUUUUCGACGUGCCCAAGCACUUCUGGCAGAACGAGACCAAGGAGCUGAGAGCGUACUUCAGCCAGCAGGUGGGUGCUGACCUGCCUGCUCAGGUGGAGGCUGAGUUGAAGGCUCUGGAGGACAGGGUUCAUGCCCAAUAAUGCCUGCAGUAAGGGUGCAAUCACAGCCACUGGCUAAAUUGGCACACUUUCUCUUUUUUUUUUUUUCCUUUCCUUCUAACACUGACACAGCAUUUUAGGUACACCUGCCAUCGUAAAUGAUCAUGCUUACUUAUUAUAUCAUCCCAAUAUAUCGUUGCUAGAUGAUUCUUUGUGCGUAUACAACUAGACAGCAAGUAGACAUGAAGCUGGGAUGUUUUUUGUUCUGCUCUCUGCUAGACACCAUUUGAUUUGUGCAGGUGUACCUAAUGAUGUUUGUGAGUGUGACUAUCAGACAUGUUGGCCUUGUUAAAACAAAAUAGAUGUGUCUGGAAGAGGAUGCUAGCUGAAUAGAGGCCGCAUUUCUUUGUGUGUGUGUGUGUGAAGAGCCAAGCGAUUGCUCACACCAGACCACCUCCUCUUCCGAGGGAGGGAACUAACUUAAGGGGCAUAGGACAGGAAAAGCUAAUAAUUAAACAAUGCAAAUAGUUGCAAAUACCUCUCUUGUGUACUUGAUAUUGAUUCUACUGUUGGUGCUGAGAUGAAGGCUAUAUUGCUUCAGUAGGACAUGCUAAUGUUUACGAGCUGAAACCCCAAAGACCUUAACACAUUUCCUAUCCUGCUUAUUUUGAGCAGAGUGACUUUGGGCCUAACCCGUAAAGAUGUUUUGAAGCAUUUUUACACCAGCUCUUAGAAAGAAAAAAAAAGGAAAAAAAACAAACUCUUCUAAGUCAUAAAAUCGGAAUCGCUACACAUUCAAUUGUGUAAAUGGUUUUAUUUGGAUAAUUCCAGGUGACGUGAAUUGUAAUACGGACCAAUAACUGCAACUGUGAUCUUCUUUUCUAGGAAUUUUAAAUAGCAAUAUGCAAUGUUUUUUUUCUUGUACUGUGCAAUGAUAUAUAUCUCAAAGUGCCUGUGUCAUUGUUGCCACAAAAGAUUUCAAACAAUAAAGUGUUUAAAUGA